CUCAACAACAACUAACCCCACCAAACAAACAACCCCUUAUUAUUAUUUCAUAAACCUUUCUUUUCUAACAAAAUCUCCCAACAUUACCCACAAAACCUCUCUCUCUCCCCCCCUUUUCUCCCACCGUUUGUUCUUUUGCCUCCUUAAACCAACCACCUUCCACCACCAUGGCCAUGGACUUUAUUAGUGGCCCCACCGCCACCUCCGCCGCAACAAACACCGCAUUUCCUAGAACCCCUGAUUCUGAUACCGACACUCCACCGCAUCUUCCGCCGGCUAAAAGGAUCCACCUCCACCACCACCACCACAACAACAACAGCAGCAGCAACAACAGUCAGCUGGAGCAGCACGUGUCGUACAAGGAGUGCAUGAAGAACCACGCGGCGAGCAUUGGUGGACACGCGCUAGACGGAUGCUGUGAGUUCAUGCCGGGUCCCACUGCUAACCUGUUGGACCCCACUUCACUCACGUGCGCCGCUUGUGGCUGCCACCGUAACUUUCACCGCCGUGACCCUGACGACCCUGCUCCUCUCCACCACCUAAUUCCACCUUCGGCGGCGCGUAGGGCUCACUCUCCUCCAUCAGCCUCACAGCUCCUCCUCUCCUUAAGCGGCCAUGCUCAAAGCCCCUCAGGACCAUCAGAUCACGAGAUGAUGCAGACUCCAACCACCGUCGGAAGUGGCGGAGGAGGAAUUGUGAUGGGGUACUACACCAGCAACAACGGAGUCGGAAGCGGAGGGCAAAAUGGGAGUUUCCAAAGCAAGAAGAGAUUCAGGACCAAAUUCAGCCAAGACCAAAAGGAGAAAAUGUACGAAUUUUCCGAGAAAAUCGGAUGGAGGCUGAAAAAAGGAGAAGAAAAAUUAGUACAAGAUUUUUGCAAAGAAGUGGGUGUUGAUAGAUGUGUGUUCAAAGUCUGGAUGCACAACAACAAACACUCCGCUUCCCCUUCUGCAAUCGCAAUCGCCACCGCUUCCGCAACCGUUAUCCCUACCGCAACCGCAACCGCUACUGGUUCCGCAACCGUUUCGGGUGCGGCUUUGGCAUUAGCUUCGUCGCAACGGAAUGACAACACUGGUAUCAGUACUGCAACUACUAGUAUCACUACCAGUAGUAACGGAAAACAUGGAAAUACUAAUAAUAGCAGUAACAACAACAAUAAUAAUACUAAUAAUAGUAAUGUGGGUAUGAAUUGUGGUGGAGUUCUUGGUUCAGCGCUGGAGUUUAAUUUUGCUAAUGGUGGUGGCCAGGAAGCGAAAGCGCAAUGAUUAAUUUGAUUAUUAUCGAUCGAUCAGCUAAUUAUAAUUUAGCUCAUUAUUAUUUUUUGACUAAUGUUGGUUUUAAUCAUAAUGCGCUUUUUUUUACUUAUUAUUAGUACUCUCAUUUACAUAAUUUCCCUACUAACCAAACUUUUUGGUUCCAUGUUUAGAACAAAGAGAGGGAGACAAAAAGAAAGAUGAAUGUAAAAAGGAUCCUUUUUUUUUUUUUUUUUUGGUAAUGUUUUUAAUUUGUGAAUCAUUUGACUAAUGGGAUUUGAAAAUUUGUUCAUGGAUUA